AUGGAUAUUGCAACUACUUUCUUCCCAUCUAAUAACCCUAGAUUAUUCUCUUACAAAAUUAAUCCCUCUAAUUAUUACCACAAAAGAAGAUUAAUCAAUAAUGGGUUCAACUUUGUCAAAGCAAAGCAAGGCGAUCAAGAAAGUGAUCAUGAGAGAAAAUCCAUUAUUGAUGAAAGCAACAUGAUUGUCUUGAAGAUGAGGAUCAAGAAAAUGAAGAUGUUGGAGAGCAAUAAUAACAACAAUAACGAAGGGGCGGCGGCCCCCUCUUCGGAUUGGAACGAGUGGGAGAAGAAAAUAUUUACGCACUACCACGAGGGCGUUUGCGACUCGAUGGAGUUGUUGCAGUCGUAUUUGAUGAAUACGAGACCGAGUUUGGCUUUGGGCGCGCUCGUGUUGUUAGCUAUGAGCGUUCCUUUUUCGAGUUCGGUGGUGAUGGUUAAUGCACUAAAAGUUGCUAGAGGAUUGUUAGCUGGUUGUCAUGUGAGUAUUGAUAUUGAUUUUUAG